AUGGGGAAAAGGAAAAGAUCGCCAGCUGAUCGCUCGCCGGGCUGUUCUCGAAACAGAUCUCGGUCUCGGCAUGGGCAUUCUCCUCAUAAGAACCGCCAUUUUGUUUCUCCUUCUCGAUCUCGAUCUCGGAUUUCCGAAGGUUCUAGAGAAUCGAAGUCUAGACGCUCUCAGGGCUCUUAUGCCUCUUAUUCUUACAAUGGAAAUCGAGGAAGAGAUUCCUAUGUUGUUAAAGAGCUCGAGUUACUCAAAAAGAGACUCGAUCGCUAUGAGGGUUCAACUUCAGCUCGACUCAGUUCAACUAGCCGAAGUAGCCGAUCUGAGUCUACGACCAGAUCAAGACCUCGACACUCACCUCGUAGCCCUCCUGUGCCCUUGGAAAGGGAAACAGGAGAAGAUCAGGAAAACCUGAUAGACCUAGCGAAUUUGCAAGGGUCACCCAGGUCACCACCAGAGGCGUUAGUUCUUACAGAGGACGUUAAUUUGGACGACGACAUUCUAAAAGCCUUGGGGGAGCAGAAAAACGUCAAUAAACAUGGGUAUGAGGCUCAUGUUGUGUUAAAAAAGCGAUGGGAGGAAAUUCUAAGUGGUGGACUUGGUAAGGAGGAGCGGGAAGCCUUGAAGGAAAAAUACCCAAUCCCAAAUAAUAUUCCAACCUUAAAGUCACCAGCUAUUAAUCUUGAAAUAAAGAAAGCAGUCCCAUCAAUUACAAUUAAAAAGGACAAAUUCCUCGAGAUAACUCAAGCCAUGCUGGGCCAUGGCAUUUCGGCCAUAGGUAAGGGCCUUUCAAGUUUUUUGACUGACAGUAAUAGCCUGGAUGCAAAAAACCAGCUAAUCUCUCGGUUGAGCGAUGGAGCAAAACUCUUAACUGAUGUUCACCAUAAUUUGUCUCUAAAUAGAAGACACUUAGUAACGAGCUCACUAAAUACCUCUAUCAAAGAGGUUAUUCAGGGAACUCCAGUCGAUGGCCUAUUAUUCGGCCAAAACUUAGCUGAAAAAAUAAAAGCUGCAAAGGAAGUUGAAAGGUCAGUUUUUAAAUUAAAAGAGCCUUCAAAGGUUAUACCCAGCGCCGGACGGGCAAUCACCGAUCGAAUUACCAACCUCGAUCCCGUCACCAGCAGUAUUACCAGAAAAAACAGGAACCCCAGCAAAAAUUCAGGAAAUAGAGCACUGGUGAAUUUGAAUGGUAUUAUGGAGAUUAAAUGCUUACACAAGGUCCACAAAUCUGGCAAAACUUUGGAAGAGGCAGUUUUAACAGAUAGGACUUUGUGUGUGGAAAAGUAUGUCUCAGAAACAGGAAGAGAACAACUGAGAUUGAAAAGAAAACACCACUAUUAUUACCAAGUCCAGGGACAACUCAACAUCUGCAAAAAAGAUAUUUGCUUUUUUGUGGUUUAUAUAAAUGAUGAGCAACCCUUGUAUGUUGAUGCCAUCCUACGGGAUGAACAGUUUUGGAAUGAGGAAAUGUUACCAAAACUGACCAACUUUUACCAGGAACAUAUGAUUCCAGAAUUGGUGAAAAAGUACUCUUCCAAAUAA